AUGGAUUCCAGCAGCUCUGACAGGGCACCACAUGAGGAUGGAGGAGCGCAUGGACAUUUUGCGCUCGUCAGAGCCGGGAUUCUGGGCUUGGUUUUUGCGCUCGCAACAUGUGCUAAUCUCGUAUUACUGGGCACACUUUGGAAGAAGCGCAAAAGAAACACAAGGACGCAGCUGUUCCUCCUGCACCUGUGCUUGGCGGAUCUGGUGGUCGCGUUUUUCCAGGUCCUGCCGCAGUUCCUCAUUGAGAUUACGCACAGGUUCCGAGGGACAGACUUCCUGUGCCGGUCUGUAAAGUACCUGCAGGUGGUUGGGAUGUUUGCCUCCACUUACAUGAUCGUGGCCAUGACCGUAGACCGGUACCACGCGGUUUGUAAGCCGAUGGUUUCCUUUUUGAAGGGUUCCUUUAGGAGGUAUCUCUCCAUUGGCGCAGCGUGGCUCAUCUCCCUCGCCUUCAGCUCCCCUCAGCUCUUCAUCUUCUCGCUCCAGAAGGUGGAGGAGAACCACUACGACUGCUGGGCGACGUUUAUCGAACCGUGGGGGAGCCGGAUCUACAUCAGCUGGAUCACUCUGUCAGUGUAUGCCCUGCCUGCCGUCAUUCUGCUCUAUUGCCAAAUAAGAAUAUGCACAGCAAUCUACUUCAACAUGAAGAGGAAGGCGCUGCAGGCAGGGCGCGCGGGCACAAGGGGGGUGUCCAACGCGUUGCUGAAGACUGUGAAGAUGACAUUUGUUAUUAUAAUGACUUACACAAUGUGUUGGAGCCCAUUCUUUGUUGUCCAGUUAUGGUCUGCAUGGAGCCCGAGCAGCGCGCCUACUCAAGGUCCAGUGUUCGCCAUCAUCAUGCUGCUGGCCAGCCUCAACAGCUGCACCAACCCUUGGAUAUAUCUCUACUACAGCUAG